AUGAUGGAGCCCGAAGCCAAAAGAGGAGAAAGGCCCACCUAUGGAAAGCCAUAUCCGGCUUAUAUCGAUCAAAAACCUCUAUCUCCAGGUUUCAAGGUACCAAACUUCACCUUGUUCAAUGGAGAGGAUCCCUAUGCUUCAUCGGUUGAGCAUAUUGGCAGGUUUUCUGUCCAGUGCAUAGCCAUAGAAAAUAAUCCUCUGCUGAAAUUAAGGCUUUUCAGGAAUUCUCUCUCUGGACAAGCUUUCACUUGGUAUACCAGCCUGCCAGCUAAUUCUGUUCAAACUUGGGAACAGAUGGAAAGUGUUUUCCAUGACUACUAUUACAGGAUUCAGCUAGAAGUCACCAUCAGUGACCUUGCUACCCUCAAACAGAGUGAAGAUAAACCUGCUCAAGACUUCAUAACCAGGUUCAGGAAGCUCAAAAUGAAGUGCUGGAUCCCUAUGGAUGAAAGACACUUCAUCCAGAUGGCUCAAGCCGCCCUUAAUAUCUCCUUGAGAAAAAGAUUUGAUGGAAUGUUGUUUGGAGAUCUGACAGAAUUGGCAGAUAAAGCAUCCAAGUAUGAAGAGUUGCUUAGGGAAGAGCAGCAAAAGAGAAACUCUUCCAAGGGCACGUAUUACAAGUCCCAUUCUUCAAUACACCUAGUUCAGGUAGAAUCAGAAGAAGAAGCACAGGGCUCAAAGGAAGGAGAAAUUGCAGUAGCAGAGAUGACAAAGUUGAAACAUCCCAUCAACUGUAAGGCCCUUACAAAGCCACCAAAGGAUCAGAAGCUGCCACCAUUCACAGGAGAAAGAAAUAGAGACACCCCACAGAGUACCCAAGCCAGAAGAACUCAAGGGCAAGAAGGAAUAACAGCAGGAAGGCUGAAGCUGGCAGAGAAACCCCCAUCAGUCACAACAGAUCCUUUUCCCCAACCACAAGUCAACAUGGUCAACUUAAAUUGGCCAGAACAAAAGAGGAGCAGGCCAACGAUAGAAGCUAAAUCCAGCAGAGGCAGAAUAGUCUCAAGGGAAAUUAUUGAAAGACCAAAAGCAACUAUCUCAGUUGAGCUAAAAGUGGCCCUGAACAGAUAG